GCGAGGUUGGGUUUGAGAUUCCUCGCAGUUUGUUUUGCCUUCCAAGAACUGCCUUUCCCCAAAAGGAAGAGGAGAAAAAUGACCAAGUUCCAGGAGGGGGUGACAUUGAAGGACGUGGCUGUGGUCUUCACCGAGGAGGAGCUGGGGCUGCUGGACCUGUCCCAGAGGAAGCUGUACCGAGAUGUGAUGCUAGAGAACUUUCAGAACCUGGUCUCAUUGGGACAUCUGUCCUCUAAACCAGAUGUGAUAUCCCAAUUGGAGAGAGAGGAAAAUCUUUGGAUUAUGGAGAUCCGAACUCAAAGACGUGGGCAUUCAGGAGGGAACUGGGCAACUGGAGUCUUUGAAGGAGACAGGAAUGAAGAUGAAAUGGAGACUCUUCAUGAAGCAGGAGUAAGAUGCCUUUCAUUGGGAGAACUUUCAUGCUGGCAAGUCAGCAGACAUGUUGAGACAGUGACAUUCAAGGAUGUGGCUGUGGUCUUCACCGAGGAGGAGCUGGGGCUGCUGGACCUGUCCCAGAAGAAGCUGUACCGAGACGUGAUGCUGGAGAACUUCCAGAACCUGGUCUCAUUGGGACAUUGGAAUCAAAAUGAGAUAGAGACUCUUCAAGAAGUUGGAUUAAGUUACAUUUUUCAUGAGGACUUUAUGUGCUGGGAAAUAUGGGAACUACUUUUAAGUAACUUAACCAGAAAUCAAGACUUGAUAAUAUAUCUUCUAGGCAAGAAGUUUGAUUUGCCAAAACAAGGUGAUUCCUUCUGUCAUCUGUGGGCAGGAGAAUCUACUCAGGUUUCUGAAGAUGAGAACUAUGUAAUAAAGCUUCAAAGGGAAUUUCAAAGUUCCAAUAAUAUAAAAAAUCAAGAAUUUCCAAUUAAUACCACCUGUGAAUUCUGGAAGAAAAUGUAUCUGAGAGAGUCACAGAAUUAUCAGAGUGGGUGUGAGCAGAUUGACAGAAGAUGUAAACUGUGCAAGUGUGAUCAUUGUAUUAUGCAAAGGUCCUCUCAUGACCAUGAAGAUAAUCAGAAAGUACAUAAAGGUGAGAAGUCUUAUAAUCACAAGAAUUGUGGAAAGGACUUCAUGAAGAAAUUAUUCCAGCGUAGUAUAAUCCACUCAGGAGAGCAAACUUCUGAUGAGAAUCAAAAAGGCUUCAGCCUUGGCCCCAGUCUUGAACUUCAUCAGCUGUUGUACCUAGGAGCAAAACACCAUAUGCGUAGUGCAUGUGGGGAUGGUAUCAGUUAUAACUCUGUUCUUUGCACUCAUCAAUGUGUUUCCACAGAAGAGAAAUGCAGUAGAAAUGAUGAUUGUGGUGAGGACUUUAGUCAAAGCUCACAUCUGCAAAUUCAUCAGAGAGUCAACACAGGAGAAAAACCCUACAAGUGUGCUGUGUCUGGAAAAGACUUUAGUGGGAGUUCACAUCUUCAAGUUCAUCACCAAGUCCACACUGGAGAGAAACCCUACAAUUGUGCUGUGUGUGGGAAGAGCUUCAGUCGGAGUUCACAGCUUCAAGCUCAUCAGCGAGUCCACACUGUGGAGAAGACAUACAAAUGUGAGACAUGUGGUACAGUCUUUAGUUGCAGUUCACACCUUCAAGAACAUCAACAAGUCCACACUGGAAAGAAUCCCUACAAAUGUGAUGUCUGUGGUAAGAGCUUCAGUCAGACUUCAAGUCCUCAAGCGCAUCAGCGAAUCCACACUGGAGAGAAACCCUACAAAUGUGCUGUGUGUGGUAAGAGCUUUAGUCAGACAUCACAUCUGCAGGUUCAUCAGCGAGUCCACACUGGAGAGAAACCUUACAAAUGUGCUGUGUGUGGUAAGAGCUUUAGUCAGACAUCACAUCUGCAGGUUCAUCAGCGAGUCCACACUGAAGAGAAACCCUACAAAUGUGCUGUGUGUGGGAAAGGCUUCGUGUGGAGCUCAUAUCUUCCUGUUCAUGAGAGGAUCCACACAGAAGAGAAACCCUACAAAUGUGAUGUGUGUGGAAAGAGCUUCAGUCAGAGUUCACAUCUUCAAGCCCACCAGCGAGUCCACACUGGAGAGAAACCCUACAAAUGUGCUGUGUGUGGUAAAAGCUUCAGUCGAAGUUCACAUCUUCAAGCCCAUCAGCGAUUCCACACAGGAGAGAAACCCUACAGAUGUGCGGUGUGUGGUAAGAGCUUCAGUCAGACCUCAAGUCUUCAGUACCAUCAGCGAGUCCACACUGGCGAGAGACCCUACAAAUGUGAAGAGUGUGGGAAAGGCUUCAUGGUGAGCUCAAGUCUUCACGUUCAUCAGAGGAUCCACACCGGAGAGAAACCCUACAAAUGUGGCUUGUGUGGUAAGAGCUUCAGUCAGACUGCAAGUCUUCAAGCUCAUCAGCGAGUCCACACAGGAGAGAAACCCUACAAAUGUGCUGUGUGUGGGAAAACCUUCAGUCGGAGUUCAUAUCUUCAAUCCCAUCAGCGAGUCCACACUGGAGAGAAACACUACAAAUGAAGUGUGUGUGAUAAGAGCUUCAGUCAUAUCUCAAGUCUUCAAGACCAUCAGCAAGUCCACAGUGCCUAGAAACCCUUCAAAUAUGAAGAGUUUGGGAAAGGCUUGAAGUGGAGCUCAUGUCUUCAUGUUCAUCAGAGGAUCCACACAGAUAAGAAACCCUAUAAAUGUGGCAAGUGGGAAAAGAGCUUCAAUCAUACCUCACAUCUUCAAGCUCAACAGCAAGUUCACACAGGAGCAAAGCCAUAAAUAUGUGAGACGUGUAAGGGUUUUGAUCAUAGUUCACGUGUAAAAGAACAUCAGUGAGUCUUCACUGGAGAGAAACCCUACAAAUGUGCUGUAUAUGGGAAAGGCUGCAUGUAGUGCUCAAGUCUUCAUGUUCAUCAGAAUCUACACAGGAUACAAACCAUAUGAAUGUGGCAUGUGUGGUAAGAGCUUCAGUCAUUCCUCACAUCUUCAAGUUCAUCAGUGAGUCCACACAGGUGAGAAGCCAUACAAACAUGAAACUUGUGGUAAGGGCUUCAUUCAGAUUUUCCACCUUCAGGUCCAUCAGAGAUCUCAUAUAAGUGGCAAGACAUACAAAUGCGAUACACAUGGUAAUGGCUUCAGUAACAGUUCACAUCAACGAGUUUACACUGGAGACAAACUCUAUAAAUGGUUUGUGCGUGGGAAAGACUUCAGUCAUAGUUCUCAUCGUCAAGCUCAUUGACUGACGAGUCCUCACUGGAGACAAACCCUACUGGAUGUAGUAAGAGCUUUAGUCAGACAUCACUUCUUCAAGUUCAUUAGCAAAUCCACAGUGUAGAAAAACCCUACAAAUAUGCUCUGUGGAAAAGGCUUGAUGUGGAGCUCAUAUCUUCAUAUUUAUCAGUGGAUCCACACAGAAGAGAAAUCCUAUAUAUGUGACAUGUGGUAAGAGCUUCAGUCAGAACUCAAGAGCCUUCAAGGUCAUCAGAGAUCCCACCCAGGAUAGAAGUUACACAAAUGUGAGACAUGUUUCAUAAUUAGGUUUUGGCGUUUA